CACUGGUGGAUUUGUUUUUAUUUUGGUCGCAAUGCAAAGUAAACACCGCAAACUGCUGCUGCGGUGCCUCCUGGUGCUGCCCCUCAUCCUCCUGGUGGACUACUGCGGGCUGCUGACCCACCUGCACGAGCUGGACUUCGAACGGCACUUCCAAUACCCGUUGGACGAUGACGCCGCAUCCGGAUCUGGAUCCAAAUCCUCUGGACUAGAAAAGUUCUCCUACCUGCGAGUGCCCUCUUUCACGGCGGAAGUGCCAGCUGACCAGCCUGCGCGGCUCACGCUGCUCAUCAAGAGCGCCGUGGGUAACUCCCAGCGGCGGGAGGCCAUCCGCCGGACGUGGGGCUACGAGGGUCGCUUCUCAGACGUCCAUCUGCGACGAGUGUUCCUGCUGGGCACGGCCCAGGAGAGCGAAAAAGACGUAGCCUGGGAGUCCCGGGAGCACGGCGACAUUCUGCAGGCGGACUUCACGGACGCCUACUUCAACAACACGCUGAAAACCAUGCUGGGAAUGCGCUGGGCCAGCGAGCAGUUCAAUCGCAGCGAAUUCUACCUCUUCGUGGACGACGACUACUAUGUUUCGGCCAAGAACGUGCUCAAGUUUUUGGGCAGGGGGCGUCAGAGCCACCAGCCGGAGGUGCUAUUCGCAGGACACGUCUUCCAGACAUCACCGCUGCGUCACAAAUUCAGCAAGUGGUACGUUUCGCUGGAGGAAUACCCCUUCGAUCGCUGGCCACCGUAUGUGACCGCCGGGGCGUUCAUGCUGUCGCGGAAGGCACUCCGUCAGCUGUACGCCGCCAGCGUCCACCUGCCCCUCUUCCGGUUCGACGACGUUUAUCUGGGCAUCGUGGCCUUGAAAGCGGGAAUUCCCCUCCAACACUGCGAAGACUUCCGCUUCCAUCGGCCGGCGUACAAGGGACCGGACAGCUACAGUUCGGUGAUAGCCUCGCAUGAGUUCGGAGAUCCCGAGGAGAUGACUCGGGUGUGGAACGAGUGCCGCUCUGCCAACUACGCGUAGCAGCAAGGACAGGACUGAAGACCGUUGGAGAUUGUAUAUACGAACGAGUCAACACCUAUACAACAGCCUUAUAAAGUAUAUUAGGAGGAGCAGAUAAUACCUCAACCGUUCAGUGAGACUUUAAACUAAGCAGCUGGUGGUAAUAGUGCAAGAUUCCAAGAGUAAUUCAUUUUAAUUGUAAGCAUAAUGAUAAAACAGUUGAUUUAUUGUGAGUUAACAUCAAUUCAUAUUUAUAAAGAUUAUGUGCAAAUGUCGGA